AACCCAAAUACUCACGCCGGUGAACGCGUCAUCUCUCUAUUCUUCGGAAUUUUGUUCUUCUUCCCUAACCGUCACGCCACUCAAAAUACAAUUCGGUGUUCUUUCAAUCAUUUGUCUCUCUUAACAAUCUACAAUCUUAAUUCGUUUCUCGAUCAAUUACUUUUACUCGAUCGUCAUCGUCGUCGUCUCUUCGGAAGAGGUCUGGAAUGUUUCAAUAAUUUACAUUUCCUUACUUGAUUUGGCUGUACGGUUCUGUUUACGUCUUCAACGCAACCGAUUUCUCUAUAAAUUCUCUUGGAUCCAAGGAGGAGGACUAAUCGUUUCCGAACGCAAUGCCGCCAGCUCCCAAUGAUAGGACUUCCGCGUACCUCUUUGCUCUCACUCAAGAAAUCGAGAAGAAGCUUCAGCGAGCUUUGGCUUCUCCCACGCACAGGCGCAAUCUGUUUCAGGAACUUUUCGCUGACAUUGCACUAGAGAUUGAUGAUCGGGCCAGAGAGAUUAUCCUAAACAAGGAAGGUCCCAUAUCUUUAAAUAAAGAAGAUGAUAUAUCCUCUGCAGAAGAUGGGACAGGGGUGUCAUUAUACUUUUAUGACGUGUUGGCUGAUUAUUUUGUUUUGGAGCCAGAGAAUGGAAAACCAAUACUAAAUCUGAUUGUCCAACUUUGGAGUCAAUCCUUUGCCUCUCAUAUUUUCUCUCUACUAUUUCAUAAAUGGUUAUUUGAUGUUCAGCUUGAAAAUUCUGAAGUUCUUCUACGUUACUCAUCUGCUCUGAUUCAAGGAUCUACAAAUGUGUUCUGGAUUGACAUCCAGACAAAUUCCAGACGUUUUCAGUCUCUCUUCAGAUAUUUACUGGAGGAUGUGGCCUUGGUGCCUGAUCGAUUGAAGAUACUCCCAACACAGGCUCAACGGGAUUUGUUUCUUCUAAUAGCUCGGUUCAUGUUCUUCUAUAACCUAGCUGAUAAGCUUAUAAAUUUGUUGAACCAAGUUCCUGAUUUUCCAAACGCUUUCUUAGUCGGUGGUGGGGCAGACAUUUUUGUGAUUGAACUUUCUGACCAGCUUCAAAAACUGAAGGUGGAGCCAGUACUAAUCCACUAUCUUAAUCAGCUUAAAUAUCUCCAGGGUUUAGAAUUGAGGAUGACAACAAGUACAAGAUUGAAAACAUGUCUGUACAGCUUCACGUCCCCUGGUGGUCCAAUGUAUCCUACAAGAGUUGUUCGGCAUGCAGCCUGGGAUACCUUGGAUUUACUCUUUCCUGUGGGGCAAUAUCCUCGGCAUGUAAUAAGCUUCUUUUUUCGGUUGCUGUAUCCAUGGUAUUGGCCAUCAUCGUGUUGGAAUUUUGUCCAGUCAUGCAUAUUGACCGUGUUCGACUCUCUCGUCGGGUUGCUUUAUUCUACCUGGGCUAAGGUCAGUAAACGUACACAACAACAGCAUUCCUCCUAAACUAAAAACUUAAUAUUAAGUGUUUUCACUCCCUUUCCGUUGUCUGGCUAGCUUAUGAAUCUAGUCCAGUCUAUUAUUAUAAUGUUUUUUUUUUUUUUCUCUUUUGUUAAACUAUUACUGUUAUGUAUCACAGAGAGUUUCAAUGUGAAAAAAAGAAAACUGUUUUAUUUUGCAUU